AUGUUUUCAGAUAAGGAGACAAUUAACAAAGUUAUUCCUGUAACUAUGAUAUCAGAUAAAACAGGAAUUGCCGAUGCAAGGACUGUGGCCUUGUUAAACAAGUACAAUUGGGAAAAUAUCAAAAAUCACACAUUCGUCAUGUUUUUGACAGGAAAAAAGGAGGCUUGGUACGCAAGAGUACAAAGCUACAUUUUACAUCCGGAAUAUAUUGACGAGACUUUAACGAGUAUAGCCUUGCUAAGUUUAAAAUAUGAAGAAUUUAAGUUUAAAGGUGAUAAACUGAUGUGGUUUAAUUACAGCAAUCCCUCCACCAAUAGAGGUCGAGUGUUGACUAUUGGGUACACAAACCGUAAUAAUAUUUUGGAGCAAACAAUAUAUCAGAUGGAAAAUAUCAAAUUUAAUGACUGUCAAAGGUUUUAUAUUGAAGAGGAGAUGGGAAUAAGUGCGUGGGGCCCUGGAUGCUCGCUUCCAGCUCGAUACAUUGAUUUUGAACCCUUCGUGCCCUGGAUUAUGUCCAAAUUGGCAAAAAGGCCAACUCGAAGGGCCUGGAAAAUGGACGAAAUGGAUGAACUGGAAUUGGAACGUAAAGGUAGAGAUCGAUGGAUGCUUGAGAGAAUCACAGACGAAAAUGGAUUGACCUUGAGACCACUUGAUCCAAAUACCGCUGGUGAUAUGGAGAAGGAGGUAGUACACGGGAAAUGUGAUGACUUAACAGAUGGUGAACUCAUCUAUAGGGAGGUUACAGAGUUCUCAGAUAUGAACCCUUCUUUGAAUAUGCGUUUAUUAGCUGUUUAUGCACUGUCUCUCUACAAUUUAAACUUCGACAGAUCAAAUUAUACCUGUGUUCAAGUUCUGGCUAAAUGCAAACAAAAAUCUGAUUCUCAACUUGAGUUCACAAAAGGCUUCGGAGAGCAUUCGCCUCUAGAUCCAUAUAUUAAAAGGAUUCCUAUACCACACUCUUCAUUCCAAAAAGAUGUCUAUAAGCCCUAUAUCCACACUGUGAAGGAACAUUGGGCAACAUAUAAUUAUGAAAUUCUUGGCUCUGAGAUCACUCAUCUGAUUUUUAGAUUUGAAUUCGAAACAAAUGCCCAGUUUGAAGUGGAUUUCUUUGGUAAACGCACAGAACCUACAACUGAAUCUACAUCAACAACAACAACAACAACAGAAAAAGUUAAAGUCGCAACCACUCCCCGAAAGCUAAGACCCCAUACGACUGUGACUGUGACAACACCUGCACCUGACUAUUACUACGACGGCUGGUGGUUUGUUAAAGGACCCAAAACCAGUACAAAUGGAACAACAACAACAACAGCUAAGACGAAGAAAACUACCAACACAGCAUAUUGGUGGAAUCAUUGGUGGCAUUUCAAUGAGAAAGAUCAUAAGGAAUGGUGGAAAGGAUAG